CUUCCCUUUCUCCAGGUCUUAACCCUCCACCCUUCCCAUUUGUUUAAAUAGGUCCUUGAAUUCGAACAAUAAAUAUUCUCAACUAUCCCAUAACGACGUUCUCGCACGAAAUAUUCAACAAUAGCUCACAAUGGCCACCAAGUCCUUCCGCGACCUCCUUGGCGUGCCGCCCAGCACAGCCUCCACGUCCGACUCUGCGCUCAUAAUUAUUGACGCUCAAAACGAAUACGCAAGCGGUGCAUUGACAGUAACAAACGCCGAAUCUAGCGGGAAGGCCAUCGCGGAUUUGCUUGAGAAGUACCGUAAAGCAGGCGGGAAAAUCAUUCACGUACUGCACAAAACGCCCGAGGGUGCACCCAUCUUUACGCCUGGAACGGAGUUGGCGGAGGAGUUCAAAGCUCUGAAAGCUAAAGAUGGCGAGACGACAAUUUGGAAGCAGUUCCCAGGGGCUUUCAAGGAGACAGACUUGAAUGAGACUCUACAGGGAUGGGGUGUCAAGAAGGUUGUUCUGACCGGAUACAUGGCGCACGUCUGUGUGUCUACUACUGCGCGUGAGGCCUAUCAGAGCGGAUACGACGUCAUCCUUGUCGAAGAUGGCAUCGGCGACCGCGAUAUUCCGGGUGUGAAGGGCGAUGAGGUUACCAGGGUUGCUCUUGCGGAGUUGGGUGAUGUCUUUGGAACGGUGGUCAAGAGCUCCGAUAUCAAAUAAUCAAGUAAAACGCUAGCUAAAGAGGCAGGACUCGAUCUCAACGUUACAUCGAUCCAGAAUCGCGAAGAGUCCGCUACAUGCUUUUACUGUCUCAACCGAUCUUCAGCGCAGUGAUUGUGUGCACAUACUUCACCUUUCCGUCG